ACUUUUACUCUACUUUCUCAUCACAUUUUGCUUCUUGGUUUAAAAUAGCUAAAAAAGCAAGGGACUUUCUCUGAAAAUGUAUCUGAAGCGACCCUGCCAUGAACAGGGGUUUGAACAGAGAGAAUCCAUAUAUUUUGAUUGUGAUGAUUGCAGAGAAAAAACAGAUAAUAAGAGGUGGUGUGAAGGGCAAAGGAAAUCAGAAAGAGAGAGAAAGAGAGGGAAAAGAUGAUGGGGCCCUUAAAGCCUGAAACAGAAAUGAGUGGCACUGCACCUAGGAGUGGUAAUGUGUUUCCUUCUUCUCACCCUUUUCUUUGUUUUACUCUUUUUGAGUUUUUUUCUUUCAUCUUGAACACUGCAGCAUAACCCCUUUUUCUUUCUUGAUCUCUUUAAAGUUUAAACAAAUACUUUCUUCCCUUUUCAUGAGUUGAGGUUGUGGUCUUUGAUUUGCAAGGCAAGAUGAUAUUUUGAGCCUUAAGGAUUUCAGUGAAGAGGAUGAUGCAUUGAAGCUUAAAGGGUUCUAAGAAAUGAAACUUGUUUUCUGAGAGCUGCAUACUAGAAGAAAAAAUGCUGCUGUUCAUGCAAAAGAAAUCAACAACAUACCUUUGUUUCUCUAAGGACAUUAUCUUGGCAAGUUGAUAAACAUUUGGACGAUUUUUGGUUUGUCAAGUAUCCCAUAUAGUGGCUUCACUUGCUUUUGUGAGUGUUAGACAACUCCUAAGGUUAAGGGAAGGUCUUUUGUCCCUCUCUUGAAGUGAAGCUUUUCUGGAAGGCCACUGGAGUACCAAGAGCCUCUUGUUGAAUUUACUACUUGUUUCAAUGGAGAAUGAUAUGUACAUUGCACAUUCCACCUCAAAUCCACUCUAUUCAUUUGACCGUAACAACCAAUCCAACAUCAUGAGUGGAAUUUCAAUGCUUCAUGGAGAGAAAAGUGGACCUAUAAGCCAUGCUGAUGUUUGCUUCAUAAAUCCUGCAAGUUAUUCUGACCCUAGUUCAUUAGUUACAUCACAAGGAAAGAGAACUGUGGUAGAUAGCUCAAAUCCCAUCAGUGUGAACACUGAGUUUCAAGAGCAUUUUGCUGGAGGAAUUCCUAUUACUCAUGCUUCACUUGCAGCCCUUCUUUCUGCAAGAAUUGGUCUUGAAGAAAAUUUGGAAAAUUCAGCAACUUUGCCUCCUUCACUCUGCUCCAUGGGAGCACUAGGCCAAUUCUUCAAUAAUUGGCAAGGCACUUCAAACCCUUUUACCUUUGAGGACCCUAGUUAUAAUGAAGUACCUAGUAGCAGCAAGUGGAAUAACAACAAGGUACCUUAUUCCUCCAUUGGAAACCUGGAUCCAGAUGAAUGGGCAGCAGCAUCAAAUGUUGCAAACAUGGCCGAUCAUUCGUACCGUUCAUCGUCAACCUUUAGUAAUGAACUUUCUCUAAGUCUUGCAACAUCCACAAGCCCUUGCUCUGAUGUGACUCAAUGCAUGGAUGGAACUGUGUCAGGGUUGGAGCAAGCCACCUGCAGCAGCAGUAGGGAACUUUCUAUGGGUUUGAGUUGUGGCAAAUAUGUACAGUUUUCAUCAGAAGUAUUGAGAUCUAGAUAUCUUGUUGGAAUUCAAGAGAUACUUGCUCAAAUUGCUACAUAUUCAUUUGAAAACCUGGAACAGAUCAAUUGUUCAGCUGCUGGUAAUAGAGAAGGUGGAAACAAGUCAACUUCUGCUUUCUCACCAGGGAGAAGGUCAUUGAUAAAUCAAAAUGCAAAUUCUAUGUCUGAAGCAGAAGCUCAUGCAGAAUCUCCUUUGCACAGGCAUGCAGCUGAAUCAAAGAAAUCCCAACUGUUGACACUUCUACAACUGGUGGACAAUCGAUAUAACCAGUGUUUGGAUGAGAUACACACUGUUGUAUCUGCAUUCCAUGCUGCUACAGAGCUUGACCCACAAAAACAUGCACAUUUUGCUCUUCAAAGGGUCUCUAUCCUAUACAAGGACUUGCGAGAGAGGAUUAGCAAUCAUAUUCUUGCCAUGGGAUCAAAUUUCAACAACUCGUGUUCAGACGAGAAGGAAUGGUCUGUUGAAACCUCAUUCCUUGAAAAGCAAUGGGCUCUCCAGCAGCUGAAAAGAAAAGACCAGUUGUGGAGGCCCCAAAGAGGCUUGCCAGAAAGAUCUGUCUCAGUUUUAAGGGCUUGGAUGUUUCAGAAUUUCCUUCAUCCGUAUCCUAAAGAUGCAGAGAAGCACUUACUUGCAGUUAAAAGUGGGUUGACAAGAAGCCAGGUAUCCAAUUGGUUUAUAAAUGCUCGUGUUCGCCUGUGGAAACCUAUGAUUGAGGAAAUGUACAAUGAAAUGAACAAAAGAAAGGCGUGUCGAAAUGAAGGGAUGGAGAGCAGCCACGGAAACAGGAUUAGUAUGAGCCAUCUAUGGUUUGAUGACAAUUGA